AUGUCUAAUCGCAGUUUAGUAAUUAAAUCAGGAUUUCUUCGCGCUCCUUUAAGCAAUGGAAUUGGUCGUUAUGUUGGACAGUUGCAGAGAAUUACUCUUAAAUUUUGUAAAAGCCAUCCUACUAGUAAAGGAAUGAGAGAUUUUUUGGAGAAUCACUUACUAGACUUUGCAAAAGAAAAUCCUGGAGUUGUUGUCUAUGUCAAACCUAGGAGACACAGGACUCCUGUUAUGCUUGCUGAGUAUUUGAAUGGUGAAAAACACUGGGUUGCUGUAAAGAAUUUUGAGAGUCUUCAUAUUCAAAAGUGGCUUGAGUUAAUGCGAACUCAAGCUCAGGAUGGCUCGGCUAUGAGAUUACGUAAAAUGUGGCACACAGAGUUCCCUUCAAUUCAAGGCCCUUGGUCACCUUUUACAUUUAUGAAUCCUAUUAGUAAUAUCACUAAAUUCCCAGAUAACCAACUUGGAGCAGCACCAAAUCAAAAGCCGACAGCGACUGAAAUUUUAUUAAAAAUGUAUCAAGCUGAAAAAAAUCACCCGACAAAAUCAAUUGGUGAAAAUAUUAAUUAG